CGAAGUGAAGAGAUAAGAGCGUGGAGGAACUGCGAUGUCUGCGACAACAACUCCAUAUCUCUCUCUUCCGAGUUUCAGACCAAGACUACAAAAUCCAGCAAAAACCACCCACCAGUUAUCUCCUCCACUCUCUUGGUCUGUUUCAAAGAGAAAGAAGAUCCUGUCUUCUUCUGACAGACAAUUAUGGAGAUUGUGUGCAGCAACACCAGAGGAGAUAGUUUCUUCUGAUACUUCUUCUUCUUCAGAAGCUAUUGUGUCUGGUGGUGGCCAAGAUGGUGUUGCUUUGAUCAUACAAGUGCUUCUCAUUGUCGCUUUUCUUGCUCUCAGUGUUCUCACCAUUGGUGUUGUGUACAUAGGAGUGACUGAGUUUCUUGGGAAGAGGGAGAGAGACAAGUUUGAGAAAGAAGAGGCAGCAAAGAAGUCUAAGAAAAGUGGCAAGAAGAAAGCAGCAACCAGAGCCAGAGCUGGACCUAGGGGGUUCGGUCAGAAGAUUGAUGAAGAUGAUGACAUUGAUAUUGAUCUUGAAUAAUUCUUUUUUGUUUUGUUCCAUUGCUAGAGAGAGAGAUAGACAAGAUUGAUCUCUGUUAGUAAGACUGCGAUUGUCAUAGUUUUCUUGCUUGCUCCAGGUAAGAUUC